GUGGCAGCGUCAACCCAGGCGGCGCGGGGACUCCGGAAGUCCCACGCAGGGGACGGUGGGCCCUCCUCCGGGUGGCCAUGGCAGUGGCUACGGUGGCAGCGUUACUGGCCGCACUGGGCGGGGCCCUGUGGCUCGCAGCCAGAAGGUUCGUGGGAGCCAACGUUCAGCGGCUGCACGGAAGCGAGGACGCCGGCCUCAUGCACGGGAAGACAGUGCUGAUCACCGGCGCCAACAGCGGUCUGGGCCGCGCCACGGCCGCCGAGCUGCUGCGCCUGGGGGCGCGGGUGAUCAUGGGCUGCCGGGACCGCGCGCGCGCCGAGGAGGCAGCGGGUGCGCUCCGCCGCGACCUCCGCCUGGCUGGGGGCCCCGACGCCGGCGGGGUCGGAGAGCUCGUCGUCAGGGAGCUGGACCUCGCCUCGCUGCGCUCCGUGCGCGCCUUCUGUCAGGAGAUGCUCCAGGAAGAGCCUAGACUGGACGUCUUGAUCAAUAAUGCAGGGAUCUUCCAGUGCCCUUAUAUGAAGACCGAAGACGGGUUUGAGAUGCAGUUUGGAGUGAACCACCUGGGUCACUUUCUACUCACGAAUCUUCUCCUUGGACUACUCAAAAGCUCAGCACCCAGCAGAAUCGUGGUAGUUUCUUCCAAACUUUAUAAAUAUGGAGACAUCAACUUUGAAGACUUGAACAGUGAACAAAGCUACAAUAAAAGCUUUUGUUAUAGUCGGAGCAAGCUGGCUAACAUCCUGUUUACCAGGGAACUAGCCCGCCGCUUAGAAGGCACAAACGUUACUGUCAAUGCUUUACACCCUGGCAUCGUGCGGACUAAUCUCGGGAGGCACAUACACAUUCCACUGUUGGUCAAACCACUUUUCAAUUUGUUGUCUUGGGCUUUUUUCAAAACUCCAGUAGAAGGUGCCCAGACUUCGAUAUAUUUAGCCUCUUCACCUGAGGUAGAAGGUGUGUCAGGAAAGUACUUCGGGGAUUGUAAAGAGGAAGAACUAUUGCCUAAAGCCAUGGAUGAGACUGUUGCAAGAAAACUCUGGGAUAUCAGUGAAGUAAUGGUUGGCAUAUUAAAGUAGGAACAAGAAGGAUAAGAGAGCCAUUUAAAAAAAUGUAUGUCACUUAAAACUCUGAUUAGGAAUGGUGUGGCUUGACCACUUGAUACUUGAAAACAUAAUUUUGGUUUUACAGUAGUACUGCUAAGAGGUACACAUGAUAUUUUGAGGUUAUGAGAAGUCCUAUUUUGGAGAACAAAUUUCAAAAAAGAUGUAUAAAAAUACAAUAAACAUAAUGAACAAUAUAAUUAUAAUAUAUUUUAAAAAUUAUAAUUAAACAAGCAUGGAUUACAAAUACUGAAAGAACUCACUUACUUAAAGGAGAUACCUUAAGGAGUUUUUUAUCUUUGUGUUUCAUGGCCAAAGUGUUACAUAUUUUUGUUGCAAUGCUGAGUUUUAUGUGGAAAUAAUGGACCUGCUAUGUGUGUGUAAUUCUUACUUGGAAUAAAUUUUCUGAU